AUGUCCGCCGCUCCAGUUCGCUUUGAAGAGGUGGCCUACAACUAUGGAUUUAUUCCUGUGGAGCCGCAUACAAACCGUGGCUACUGUCUCGUGUAUCGUCUCUUUAAGGAGUGCAUGGAGGAGCCAGGCAAGGUUGUGCUAAUUCGAGGAAAUGAGUGGGUUAUUCAAAUGAAGGACAUCAGUGGACCGAUGGAGGAACGUGAAAAAAUCACCAUUUUUAGUCAGGAUAUAAUUGACUACUAUCCCUUCAACUUCAAGAGCAAGGCCGUUGGCUUCUUAAUUCAAGCUAGGCGACGCUCAAAGACGGGCUACUGGUUCGUUGUGUUCCGGAGGGAAGGACAGCUUGAAGCAUUUUGUUCCUUCCUCUAUUGGCUCAUCUAUGGGCAGUUACCACGGCACGGGCGGUCCCUCUCUCCCAAUCGCGGCUCUCGAUCCUACAGUCGCUAUCACACCUCACCGCCCAGACAGCACUCCAGACCACGAUCUCAGGUUUACACUGAUCGACACGGUUCGAGGUACCGGGAGCACGAAUCCGUAGUAAUCUCGUGCAAUUCUUCCGGCCUCACUGUUUACAAGCCUGGGUCCCUCAGGACCUCUUAUUCUCCUUCAUACACCUACGACGAAUCAUCAGACCAUCACAGACGUUCACGCUCCGUUGAACGCCCAUGGUACUACUGA